UGUGCUUAGAGCUCUCAUGUUACCCACGUACGCUUCCAAUGUGUGACGAAGUCAUCUUUAAUUCAAAUGCAGGCAAUACUACUUUCCAGACCAAGAUGUUGUGUGGGUCUAGGAGAAAAUGUAAAAAAGCAACAAAAUUAGAAGAGAACAGACCGAUGGAGAACGGGGUUACUGAUGAAAAUCAAAAGAGUCCCAUGGUACAAGGACAAAAGCAGGGUACAGCUGACUCUGGGCUUCCACCUGCUCCUGCACCUCCUCCUCCCCCUCCUGCUCCACGCAUUAGGCCCAGGCUGAUAUUUCACACGCAGCUGGCUCAUGGCAGUCCGACUGGCAGGAUCGAAGGCUUUACCAAUGUUAAAGAACUAUACACCAAAAUCGCAGAGGUCUUUGAGAUCUCACCAGCCGAGGUGGGUAUAGCUGAGAGAAUUCUCUUCUGCACAUUGAAUACUCACAAAGUCGAUAUGCAGAAAUUAUUGGGAGGUCAGAUUGGAUUGGAGGAUUUUAUCUUUGCCCAUGUAAAAGGACAAAUGAAGGAAGUGGAGGUGAUAAAAUCAGAAGAUGCUCUUGGUCUGACCAUCACUGACAAUGGAACAGGCUAUGCUUUCAUUAAGAGGAUAAAAGAAGACAGUACAAUUGACAGAAUUAAGACAGUCUGUGUUGGAGAUCACAUAGAGGGAAUAAACAAUCAAACGAUAGUAGGUUGUCGACAUUACGAAGUUGCCAAGAUGUUGAAAGACUUGCCCAAAGGUCAACCAUUUACACUUGGAUUAGUGGAACCAAGGAAGGCUUUCGACAUGAUUGCUCGAAGAACAAAAUGUGGCAAAUCUACAGGUGAGGGAAAAGUUGGAAGUGGAAGGGAAACUUUGCGUUUAAGAUCAAAAGGCACUGCAACAGUGGAAGAAGUUCCAACAGAGUUUGAAGAACGAGCAACUAAGAAGGUGGAUGACUUGUUGGAAAACUAUAUGGGUAUCAGAGAUACAGAAUUAGCUGCAACAAUGGUGGAAACUGGAAAAGACAAGAAGAAUCCAGAUGAGUUUGCAGAAGCACUGGACUCAAUCCUUGGUGAUUUUGCGUUUCCAGAUGAAUUUGUUUUUGAUGUGUGGGGAGCAAUUGGAGAUGCCAAGAAUGGCCGAAUAUAGCAUAAUUACUUCUUUAUGUGUGAAAUACAUCCAGCUGUGCUAUAGUUUAAAAUUUUGACUUCUCAUUAUUUUUCAGAAGUGAGUUUAAUAAAACUACCUUAAUACAAGUGAAUAUCUACACCAUUAAUACUAUAUUUACAUAAUUGAAAGUAAGUGUGUUGUUAGUAAGACGCUAAUAUACAUUAAGAAAAGAUUGAGUAACAAUAAAUAUUUGAUAAGUAAGAUUAAAAAACAAGACACCAUAUGAUUUUGGAAUGUAGUGAGAUUUAUUAGAAACCAGUUUCAGAACUAACAAAAUGAAAUGUUGGGAUGCUCCAGUCAACUUUAAGUCAUUAUUAUUCAAUAAAUGUAAUGAUUAAAUGGACACAAGUCAGAACAGUACUUUUCAGUUAAUUCAUUGAUUGAGAAAUAUUUCUUAGAUGGAGCAUAAAUAUGGACAGUAUCGCAUGAGCUCUACCUCACAUUCAGUUUGUUAAAGUCAAUGGAUUUGAAUAUUGGAGAGGGUAUAUGACUGCCAACUGAUGCAAUAACUGCAUAAUGCCCAACAUGAAGUUCAACCAUAUUGAAUCUUUCUUUAAUAUCAUUUUCUAGGACACAAUAUCAGUUUCUGCAUAAUAUGGAAAUAUUUUAUACCCUUUAGAUUUCAAAACUCAGGCUGAUGUAAAAAUGGCAUCAUUUAUUAUGUUUGUGUAGAAUAGGAAGUUGCUAAAAGUUAUAGACUAAUUUCAUUUAACAUGGUGAUACCAUGUUACUGACAUGAAAGACUCCACAAGAAUUCUGUCCUUUUGCAGUCAAUAGUGAACCCACUGAAAUCUUAUUGGCAAAGAUUAGCUAGAGUUAACCAUUUAUCACUCUCAGACUCCUGAUUACU